AUGCAUAGACUUCUUUGGGUAUAUGAAGAUGGAAUGAAAAGGAAAGAUGAUUCUUUUACUAUUGCUGCCAUCGUCGAAGCUGUUAGCCUUGCAAAUGCAGCUGCUGAGGCUGCGAAAGACGCAGUUUCUUCUGCUCUUGUGCUUGAACAGCUUGAGAUUGGAGGAGGAGAUGGUUGCCGGAGGAGGAGGAGAAUGAGGAAGAGGAAGAGGAUGAUGGGUGUAUUUAGCUAUUUUGAAGAUGACGAAGGCUUAGGUGGAAAUGUAGUUAAGGGAUCUUUGUCGAAGUCAGAGAGAUCUCGGUAUCUGACACGGAGACAAGAGGCUGAGUUUUCGGUCUCUCUCAAGGUUGGAGCUAUGCUAGAGGAUACGGACUCAAUAAGUAAUAAUACAACAGCCGAAGCAAUUGAGAGGAGGGGGAAAGCUGACAAAGCUUGCCUGAGAGCAAGGGAGUGCAGAGAGAGGAUCACUCUGAGCUAUAAAAGGCUUGUUGUCUCAAUCGCAACUCCAUAUCAAGGCAAAGGGCUGAGUCUGCAGGAUCUCAUCCAGGAAGGAUGCAUUGGGCUUCUUCAGGGAGCUCAAAGAUUUGAUCAUAGAAAAGGAUACAAACUGUCAACAUAUGUAUACUGGUGGAUAAAGCAAGCCAUCAUCAAAGCUGUAGCUACAAAAUCAGGCAUCAUGAGAUUACCGGGAAGCUUGCGAGGGACGAUGGCAAAGGUUAUAGAUGCUAAAGCUCUGUUACAAAGAAAAUCAGGGAGGUCACCAUCUUAUGAAGAAAUCGCAGAGUUUCUUAACCUUAGUGUUUCCACUGUGCAGCUUGUAUGUGAAAAAAGCGGGCAACCUGUCUCUGUUGAUAGGUGUCUUAAUAAGGAAGGACUAACAUUGAAGGACAUAAUUCCAGGUUCAGAUGAAGUAAGACCAGAAGUUAUUAUAAACAGACAGUUAAUGUUGAACAACUUGGGUAAGCUUUUGGCCACACUAGAUGCAAGGGAAAGGCGUGUUAUUGAAUUGCAUUAUGGUUUGAAUGGUGAGAGAGCAAGAUCUUGCGAGGAGAUUGGGAGAAUACUGAACCUAUCGAGGGAAAGAAUAAGACAAAUACAUUGGAUAGCUCUAACAAAGCUCCAAGAGGAGAAGAGUAUGAUAGAGUGCUUUGCAUCUGAUGUUGUGUAAAUAAUGUGCAUUUAGAUACAGAAAUUUCCAUUUUACCUUGAAAUUUGCAUUUUCUUUUAUACAGCCAUUUGGACCAUACAAACAUACAACUAUAAUUGUCUAUGAUUACUUUUAACUUUAUACUAUCUUUGAGGCUUCAUUCUUCU